AUGGAUUUGCGUCGUGAGUUUGAGGCUGCGGCCGAGUUUGGCCGUGCAACGCUGCUAAAGACCAGAGACCGGUACCGGGAACUGUCGCUCGUGAAGCAAAUCGCGGUCGUCGUAUUUGCGCUGAUCUGGCUAAUUGCAGGCAUAUUUGCGGUAAUCUACCACAAACGCAUCCUGGAGAAGGCCGUGGACAUGGCUGACGUGUGGGUCGGGUGGGGGAUCAAGGGCCAGGCGAUACUGUUUGCGCUUGUGUUUGUGGUCGGGUUCCCGCCGGUGAUUGGGUACUCCUUUUUGUCGGUGCUGUGUGGAAUGGUUUACGGGUUCCAUGGCUGGCCAUUGCUGACAUCUGCCACUCUGGCCGGCUCGAGCGCGUCGUUCUUGGUUUGCAAGAACUGGCUGCGCGAGUAUUCGGAGUGGUGCAUUCGCCACGAGCCCAAGAUCGGGGUUUUCGUGUCUGCACUCAACGACGAGGAGGCCACCUAUUGGCAGAACUUCGGUGUCAUGUGUCUGGUGCGACUGUGUCCCCUGCCGUACUCUUUGUCCAACGGGGCACUAGCCGCAAUCCCCACGCUUGGGUUCAGCACAUUUGCCGGGGCCACAUUCGUGACUUCGCCAAAACUCUUGGUGCCUUUAUAUGUUGGCUACCAGCUACGGAAAUUGGCCCAGGACGGAGAGGCCACCGAGACGAAAUUGGUGGAUAUCCUCAACAUGGUGAUCGCCCCAGUGGCGUUUGUCAUUGUGACGUACGUGAUCUACAAACGGAUGAGUCGCAAGUUCGAAACACAGCAAAACUCUCUGGUGCUUGAAUUGGAUUCGGAAAAUGCUUAG